AUGGCAGCUGAAGUUGCGGCACCCCGAAAAUGUUUCGGCACUGAAUGUGCUAAGGAUGCUGGAUCGCUUCAGUGCCCGACAUGUCUGAAGAUGGGCCUCGACAGCUUCUUCUGCUCGCAGGACUGUUUUAAACGGAGCUGGAGCGAUCACAAAGCUCUCCAUAAAAAGAGUAAUUUCCUCACCAACCUUUUCCCUCCAAAAGUAGUUUCUGAACCAGACCCAGCUACCGGAAAUUACAACCCAUUUCCUUCCUUUGGAUUCACUGGGUCGUUGCGACCCCUCUACCCACUAUCGCCGAUGAGAACUGUCCCCAAGUCGAUCCCCCACCCGGACUACGCUAAGGAUGGAAUUCCCCGUUCGGAGCAGAAAUUCGUUGGCCGACACAACAUCACCAUCCUAAACAAGGCGGAGCAGGAGGGUAUGCGUAAAGUAUGUCGACUAGCGCGAGAGGUUCUUGAUAUUGCCGCGCGUGAGCUGAAGCCCGGCGUCACCACCGACUACAUCGACGAGGUUGUGCACAAAGCGUGUGUUGAGCGCAAUUCUUAUCCGUCACCUCUUAACUAUGUUCACUUUCCUAAAUCGGUCUGCACCUCGAUCAAUGAGACCAUCUGUCACGGUAUUCCGGACCAGCGGCCGCUCGAGGACGGCGACAUUAUAAACAUUGAUGUCACUUUAUACCACGAAGGGUUCCACGGAGAUAUCAACGAAACAUACUACGUUGGGGAGAAGGCUCGGUCGAAUGCAGAUUCCGUGCGGGUAGUGGAGACGGCAAGAGAGUGCUUGGACAAGUCUAUUGAACUCGUCAAGCCGGGUAUGCUGUUCCGAGACCCUGGAAACGUGAUUGAAAAACACGCCAAGAGCCGGAACUGCAGCGUGGUGAAGACCUACUGCGGCCACGGAAUCAAUCAAUUGUUCCAUUGUGCGCCAAACGUUCCUCACUAUGCUAAAAACAAGGCGGUUGGAACCGCGAAGCCCGGAAUGUGCUUCACUAUCGAACCUAUGAUCAACGUCGGUACGCACCGUGAUCGUCUGUGGCCGGAUGACUGGACUAGCACAACAGCGGAUGGCUCGCUGUCUGCUCAGUUUGAACACACCCUUCUGGUGACGGAGGACGGCGUGGAAGUUCUUACCGCGCGCCUGUCCGACUCGCCUGGUGGACCAAUCCCAAUUCCUGGAUUAGAAGAAGGGAGCGAGUCCAAGACUGAUGCGUGA